AUGGCAGUUACGUUGUCGCGUAGCUCUCUUUUAUUCACACCAGGCAAUUCCUUUCCAUCAAUCAUAACAUACAAUCAACAGUCUUCUCAACAAUCUUCCUAUUCACCAGAAAUAUCUGCGAAAAUGGCGAUUUUACCUGGGGUUCCAUUUAUCAGAGUUACAGUUAACGCUCCUAAGAUUUCAGCAGAGUAUCCCGAUCUUGACGACAAUGAGGAUGAUAACACGCAAAAUGGCCCUCAGCACAAGAUGUCCGUUUAUGUCGAGUCCAAGACAGGUGCGAAGUUCGGAUUACAAUACCUCGUUGACCCUGCGAAGAUACCAAAGUUCAAAAAGAAGAAAAAUUACUGUUUGGGUUUUUUCGCUAUAGUUGAUGGGAAAAAGACAAGUUCAACUGUAAUUUGCAAUGAGAAUGGAUUCAAACCAGAUAACUGGGAGCAUACUUUGACAGGGGACCGCCUUAGGCAACCCGGAAACACAGAAUUAAGACCAUUCCAGUUUUCUGAGCUUCAAAUAGGUAGACCAAUCUUCAAUUCAAUCUUGAAAAUAGCUGAUGUUGAUUCUGUAGGAGACGAUGCCCCAUUUUCGCACAACCAAAAAGAAGUCUCGCAGCUCGGAGAACUCAUAGUCCAGGUCUGGCGUGUCCGUAAAGUCGUUCCAGUGGCAACGCCGAUCUCUGCUCCGGAACAGGAGACCAUGCCAAUCAACACAAAGUUUCACGAAAAAGAGUUAAAGGGCAGAGCUUUAACUCAUGCAACAGAGCUUGGAAAACCACAAAAAAUAUCGGACCAGGAGACGUUCUAUCGGCUUGAAUAUCUUGAUCUAGUUAACAAGCCGCUGGCCGAGUUCCAUUUCAAAUAUAGAUCAAGGGAGGUUUUGCAGCAGAUGAUGGACCAGGGAUCGACACCAAAAGUUAGUCGAGCUCCUUUGCCUUCGAAGCCAUUACCAGGGGUACUAGUACAGCCUGCCCUGACUGAAAGCACAACCAAAAGGCCUUGUGUUCUUGACAAGAAUGCUGAUAAAGGAAUCCAAGCAUCGACUGCUCAUAAGCAUAAGGCUAUUUUCGAAGUGGCCACUCCACCCCCACCAGCCACAAAGUCAGUGAUCACAGGAAGAUCUUUCGACCCGGUAACUGGUGCCUUCUUGUCAAUGCCAGUACUACCUCCGCUGUCAGUUAUUAGUAGCAGAUCGCUUGACCAGUCAACGAGCAAUUUUUCCACCAGUGCCCUUUCCUCCUCAGCAACACCAACACAGAAAUACGGUCAAAUGAUCCCCAAAGUUACGACUAGCUCAGCGUUCGCGUCAUCCCCAAAAGUACUUCCAGGAACGCCAACUGUUUCCAGAGGAGAGAUCAGAUAUCCAUCAGUUCCUGCUUUUGGAUCAAUUUCACAGGUAGCAGCACCUAGUUUUGUUUUAAAGGCUAGACCCGCAAUGCCAGUAGAGACACCAACGGAAGCGAUGUUUAAACCGAAUGCUGUGGCCCUCACGUCAGGUGAAAUGCUUGACAAAAACACCGAUAAUCAAGGGGGUCAAUCGGUAGAUAGCCAAAACAACAGUCAAGAACCUCCAGCACUUCCAGUCACACCUGCUACACCUAAGCCUAUCGGCCAAGUAGCUUUGGAGCCUAGUGCCACCCCAUUUACACGAGUACUGAUGGAAAUUCAAAGAAAUUUAGGUCAAUUAAGAGACAUAGCAAAGGGUUUUAACGUUGUGAACGUAGUCGAGGUACAAGAAGAGAUCUCACGAGUCGUUGAUAAAGUGCAGGCAGAGGUCGAAGGACAGGCCGGACCUGAGGUGAAUCUGAAGCGCGAACAUGUGAAUGAACGCGAUGAAGAUGAACCCGAAGUUAUCCUUGAGCGUCCUGUUAAAAGACGACACAUCUUUACAGCCGAAGAUGAAAUCAUUGAUCUGACGGCCGACUAA